CCUGUGGCCACGGAGCGGAGGAAGGUCCCCCACGCCAAACUCAGAGUCCUGCACUGUUCCCCAUGGCCUCCUCGCUGCACGAAGGCCAGACUUUCCCCGGUGCCCUGGGUGCCGAGACCCCUCAAUGUUCCAAAGCAGCGGCGGCCGGGCUCCACCCAGGCGGCGAGGACUGGGAGCAGCCGCGGCCCACGCAGGCGCACUGAGGCCUGAGGCGGUCGGGGGCGCCCAGGGGCGGUGCGGGCCGCGCCCGGCAGGGCUGGGCUGGGCGGGGCCGGACCGAGCCGCUGUGUUUCCGUUGCCUGGAGCCGCCAGCAAGCAGCGGCCGCAGCGUCCUCCGCUCACCCUCGCCGGCUCUGCGCGCCCCGCCGCCUUCCCCGCAGUUCGGGUCUGGUCCUGCGUCGCUCACCUUCUCCUGACCUGGGCAGGCGCCAUGGCACAGGUUCUCAGAGGCACCGUGACUGACUUCCCUGGAUUCGAUGAGCGGGCUGAUGCAGAAACUCUCCGGAAGGCCAUGAAAGGCUUGGGCACGGAUGAGGAGAGCAUCCUGACUCUGUUGACAUCCCGCAGUAAUGCUCAGCGCCAGGAGAUUGCUGUGGCUUUUAAAACUCUGUUUGGCAGGGACCUUCUGGAUGACCUGAAAUCAGAACUGACUGGAAAAUUUGAAAAAUUAAUCGUGGCUCUGAUGAAACCCUCUCGGCUUUAUGAUGCCUAUGAACUGAAGCAUGCUCUUAAGGGAGCUGGGACAAAUGAAAAAGUCCUGACAGAAAUUAUUGCUUCAAGGACCCCUGAAGAAUUGAGAGCCAUAAAAAAAGUUUAUGAAGAAGAAUAUGGCUCGAGCCUGGAAGAUGAUGUGGUGGGCGAUACUUCAGGGUACUACCAGAGGAUGUUGGUGGUCCUCCUUCAGGCUAAUAGAGACCCUGACACGAGAAUUGAUGAAGCACAGGUUGAACAAGAUGCUCAGGCUUUGUUCCAGGCUGGAGAACUUAAAUGGGGAACAGAUGAAGAAAAGUUUAUUACCAUCUUUGGAACACGAAGUGUGUCUCAUUUGAGAAGAGUGUUUGACAAAUACAUGACUAUAUCAGGGUUUCAAAUUGAAGAAACCAUUGACCGAGAGACUUCUGGCAAUUUGGAACAACUUCUUCUUGCUGUUGUGAAAUCCAUUCGCAGUAUACCUGCCUACCUUGCAGAAACCCUCUACUAUGCUAUGAAGGGAGCUGGAACAGAUGAUCAUACCCUCAUCAGAGUUGUGGUUUCCAGAAGUGAGAUUGAUCUGUAUAACAUUAGGAAGGAGUUUAGGAAGAAUUUUGCCACCUCUCUUUAUUCCAUGAUUAAGGGGGACACGUCUGGGGACUAUAAGAAAGCCCUGCUGCUGCUCUGUGGAGGUGAAGAUGACUGACGGGAGCCUGGGGAGCCGCCCCGCGCCGUGUGCGCCCGGCACCGCUGCUCACAGCCCCUGCACGCCCACGCCGCGCACACUGCCUUACUCACGCUAGCACGCUGUGGCCAGAACACACACGUCGUCGAAGAACGUAGCGGUGCUCCUUUCUGAUCUUAAGAUCUUUCUCUUUAACUGUUGUAGCACUAAAGUGUACUUAUGUUACUAGGACUAAAGUCUGGAUCAUUUAUAUUUUCCUAUAAGAGGCAGACUGCUUUCACCCUUUUUCAAAAGCUUCAUUUAUAUUAAAUUGAUAACCAUAUUACCUUAAUCGGAACCUUAGCCUUGGAAUUGUGAACUCCUGGAAGUGUUAUUAAUCAAGUUUGCUACCAAGUUAAACCUUAAAAAUUAUGGUAGUUGCAAUCAAAAGAUUAAUGAAUAAUAAACAUUUCCAUCUCCUGAACUUCUCGUGGGUGUAUGUCUAGAAAACUUACUUGAUUUACGUAUUGAACAAGAAUAUAUUUUCUUCAGGCUGGUCAGUUGACAGUGUUAUCAGUUGACAACUGAAUUGUCGAAAGUUAUUAAAAGUUGGCUUUUGGUUGAAAAGCAUGAGCUACAACGCUGCAGAAUGAAUUUCCUGUGCAGGGGGGGUGAGGGGGGACCUGAAGAGGCAGCUUCCCUGGUGACUCAGACGGUCAAGCACCCGCCUGCCGAUUCAGGAGACGUAAGACAUGCUGGGGUGGGGAAGAUCCCCUGGGAAAGGGAGUGGCUACCCACUCCAGUAUUCUUGCCUGGAGAACCCCCUGGACUCUCAGAGGAGCCUGGUGGGCUACAGUCCAUGGGGUUGCAAAGAGGCGGACACAAGUUACCAACUGAGCACAUACAGAGUAUGUAAUAAGCCACUAAGCGUUCUCAUUUAUUGGUAGCAUGUUUAUGUGGGCAUCAGCUAAAGCAGUGCUAACACUAGUUGCUUAUUGGAAAAGCUGAUUUAAAAACUUAAACUAAAAAAUAAAACCCAAACAUUCCUGAUGUGAGAGUCACUCGGAGAAAAGUCGUAUGAAUAAAACAUGUUACCAGA